AUGUGCAUUCUAAUUCUAAAGAAGCUAGCUGUAGAUACGCGUUGUGUUCGAGACCAAAUAGAACUUCAAACCGGGCUGGCGAGCGGCGGCGGCGGGGGUCGCGGAUUAUUCUGCUACCACUGUCCGCCGAGCCUGCCGCCGCACCAGCACCGCCUGCCGACCCUGGAAUAUCCCUUCACGGCAUCACAUCCUUAUACAAGCUACUCUUAUCACCCGGCGAUACACGAUGACACCUUCGUGCGCCGCAAACAAAGGCGAAACCGGACUACCUUCACCUUACAACAGCUGGAAGAGUUGGAGACGGCGUUUGCGCAGACGCACUAUCCGGAUGUCUUUACAAGAGAAGAUCUCGCACUCAAGAUUAAUCUGACUGAAGCUAGAGUUCAGGUCUGGUUUCAAAAUCGACGGGCCAAAUGGCGCAAGGCGGAACGGUUAAAAGAAGAACAGAGGAAGCGAGAAGGAGUCGAAGUCAUGGCUAAACGCGACCCUAGCGACGAUAAGGGUUCAUCAGAAUGUGGAAUGUCCCGUGGGUCUGGAGAAGUAUCGCCGAUGUCAGCCGCCGGUGUCUCCCCCCGGGCGUCCCCCCCUGUCACUCCUGGCUCACCGCGACGCUCCCCGCUCCGCUCUCCGCGGCGUUCGCCCAAUAGAUCACCGCGUUUAGAAAGGUCCGAAGCGAGUCCGUCUCCAGCCCCAUCAGUGGGAAGUGCUGGCUCGAGGGAGGCGAUGCCAGAGCAUAGGCCGCAACAUCACAUCUUCUCUCCCUUCGAUCAGUAA